AUAUCAUCAGCUCGCGCCCGGAUGAGGCUGAUCAGUCGGCUAAAACAAACUCCGUCCGAGAAAUGAGGGGCUAAAUCUAGAUGGGAUGGAGAUUAUCAAGAGCUGGACGCAGUCAGUUCGACAGGAUAUAUGUCCAGAAAUUUCAAGAGGGACUAACGACAUCAAAAGUAGUGCUGGGAAAUACAUUCGUGGGCAAGUUUGCUAGUUAGCCGUCGUUACAGGCAGUGUUGUAAAUAAAGAAAUUGUCUGGCGCUUUUAUCCCAAGUACAUAUUCACUUGUUUUCAGUUUUUCUGGAGAUUGUUAAAUACAAAUAUUAAGGUAGGAAAAUUAAAUCAACUAAUGUCAACGAACUGCAUAGGACAAGAUAAGAAGUGAUUAAACAUUGACAGGCCUGUUGUUACUGCAACGUUACAUAAAGGGUUAGUUAUAUUUUAAGGGGGCUAAAAGAACAGGUUGUCGAAAAACAUACCUCUUUAAAUGGGGGGAAACUGGAUCAUGAGAGAAAAGCAUAGAUGUGGUGGGUUUGUCAUGGCUCUGGCAGCUGUGAUCUUUUCUUGCCUUUUGAUUGGAGUCACUGGUCAAGAUGGACAGGCAAUGACUGCAGAGGAAAAGUCCAAAAUCAGGGACCAAAUUCUAGAGAUGUUUGAUCAUGCCUAUAACAGUUACAUGGACUAUGCCUACCCAGCAGAUGAGUUGAUGCCCCUCAGCUGUAGAGGAAGGGUGAGAGGGCUGGAACCCAAUCGAGGGGACAUUGAUGACUCUUUGGGAAAGUUCUCUUUAACAUUAAUAGACACUUUAGAUACUCUUGUGUUGUUAAACAAACUGGAUGAAUUUGAGGAGGCUGUGAAGAAGACAGUGCAAGACGUCAGAUUUGAUAAUGACAUAGUCGUCUCUGUCUUUGAGACCAAUAUCCGUGUGCUGGGUGGCUUGUUGGGUGCACAUGUCAUGGCAGAUGUUCUAAAGCAGCGUGGAGAGAGGAUGCAGUGGUACAGAGAUGAACUGCUACACAUGGCUAAAGAACUGGGCUACCGCCUCCUGCCUGCCUUUAACACCACCAGUGGCCUUCCUUAUCCUCGGGUAAAUUUACGCUAUGGAGUCGUCAGCCCCCUUUCUCGUACAGGAACGGAGUCGGACACUUGCACUGCUUGCGCAGGCACCAUGAUUCUGGAGUUUGCAGCUCUCAGCCGACUGUCUGGGGACCCAAUAUUUGAGGAACACGCUAGGAAAGCUAUGGAUGUCCUCUGGGAGAAGAGACAAAGAGGAAGUGACCUUGUCGGCACUGUGAUCAACAUCCACAAUGGAGACUGGGUUCGCAGAGAUAGUGGUGUUGGCGCUGGAAUUGACUCUUAUUAUGAAUACUUGAUGAAAGCUUAUAUUCUUCUUGGAGACAAGGUGUACCUUGACAGAUUCAACACACACUAUAGUGCCAUUAUGAAGUACAUCAGCCAACCUCCUCUGCUGCUCAACGUGCACAUGCACAACCCCACCGUAAAUGUGCGAAGCUGGAUGGAUUCCUUGCUCGCCUUCUUCCCUGGGCUACAGGUGCUGAGAGGAGACUUGAAACCUGCUAUUGAGACGCAUGAGAUGCUGUACCAAGUGACUAAACAGCACAAUUUCCUCCCUGAGGCCUUUACCACCGAGUUCAGAGUUCAUUGGGGCCAGCACCCGUUGAGACCAGAGUUUGCCGAAAGCACAUAUUUCCUUUACAAAGCCACAGGUGAUCCUUACUACUUGAAAGUAGGCCAGUCUAUAGUGGAGAAGCUGAACACUCAUGCUCGGGUGCCCUGUGGCUUCGCCGCCGUACAGGAUGUGAGGACAGGAACGCAUGAGGACAGGAUGGAUUCCUUCUUCCUGGCUGAGAUGUUUAAGUACCUCUACCUGCUCUUCUCAGAGAAGACCCAGUUGCCUAUAGACAUUGAUGAUUAUAUUUUCACUACUGAGGCUCAUUUGCUCCCAGUAUCUCUGUCUACGACCCAAGCCUCCUGUCAUACCAACAACACGGAACCUCAAGCUCAUAAAGACGAUUUAUUUUCAUACUCGUGCCCUAGUGCUCAAACCCUGUUCCCUAACAACCCCACCUUUGCCAAGACUAUCAGGGACAGCUAUAAAUACCUCACUGGUUUGGGGAGAACCCAGCAUUCCUCACCUGUCAGGGGGAUUGAACUGCCUCUUCAUGACACAGGCCUGGAGCCAAUUGAGUUUCUGAAAAGCAUGGGCAUCUCUCUGACGCCCCUUACUGAGCUGGUCUCCGCCAGCCAAGGCUUCGCGUCUCAGGACUCUCAGAAGGGUGUGUACAAGUUAAAGCUAGUUGCUGAGGUGAGCCAAACACCUGAGCAUGAGGAAGUAGUGGCACUAAUUGUACAGCUCAUUUCCCCUCCGUUUUUGGGUCGAACAGCCCUUACGGCUGGUCCAGCAAAGUUUGGAAAGGAUCUUACCAAACAAGAGCAUGGGGUGAAAGGCAGUAUUGUGAAGAGUGUUCCCUAUACGGCAUGUGGCCCAAUUGAAAACGCAGUAGAGCUGCAGGGACACAUAGCCCUGGCGUUGAGGGGAGACUGCAUGUUUGCUGCCAAAGCUCGGCGCCUACAGGAAGCAGGAGCCACCGGAGUCAUCUUCAUUGAUCACAGAGAGGGCAGCAGCAGUGCUGAGACUCCACUGUUCCAGAUGGUUGGAGAUGGAGAACCUACAGAUGACAUCACAGUUCCCCUGGUGUUCCUCUUCAGUAAAGAGGGAGCUACACUCACUGCCGCUCUGCAAGAACAUCACAAUGUGGAUGUCCUUCUGCUGCCCAAAGAGAAACAAAUAGGAAAAGAAAAACCUGAGAAGUUAAAUAUUAAAUUCCGUUUAGCAAAGGAAGAGUUUGCUGAGGGUGAGAUGGAAAGCACUACCAUCCACCUGGUGCUGGAGCAAAGCGAGACUGCCACAGAGAUGAACACUGAGGCCACAUCGUUGACCGGUAAAAACCAGGAGACCUGCAGCUCGCCGCAGAAAGACCCUGAGAGCAGCCCCUGACUGCGGGAUCAGCUGCAGCCACGGUUCCCUUCACAGAACGCAGGGCUUUUGCUCCCUGUCACUGAUCUCAGAUCAGAAAAUGCAGGCUGUGCUAUGGGAAAUGUUUCAGCUAAGCCUGGACUGUACCAUCUGAGCUCCUCACAGGGGGAUCACAAGCCCUCCCCUGGUUAAGAUGGUCUUAUCUUGCAUAGUUGAUACUAUAUUGAUCUGUACAGAGUGAGAUGGUACGACACGUGAAGCUCCUGUCUCUCUGAUAUCAUGGUAGUUGUUGCAAUAGAUUCUUCUCAAUUGUCUACAAUUGAAAAGCAAUCGGUUUUGGGUAUUAAAGAGGUGUACAAGAAUUUCACACGCCACUUUAUAUGGAUCAGACUUUAUUUGAAUGUUUUUCUUUGUCUUUUUCUUUCACUGCGGAUCAAUGGUUGUCAGUCCUGUGCAUUUUUUUAUUUUAUUCAUCCUUAAAGUGUAAGUGGCUUGAAGUCUUCAGGACAUCCUUAACACAUGGCUCCCAUGACCAAACCCC